AUGACAUUUAGUCAGGUACUGCUGGAGAACGCUCUCGAGUACUCCCCCCACGCGCGCCAGUUGAAGGCGCGUUUUCGACCCACCUCCGGCCGUCGUCGACCGCCAAAAGAGCCCACAGCAGAUGUCCAUGUCGUCUAUACCGACGAUAACGAGCCAAAGUUUACCAUUUCGGACCCCUGCUUGCCACCUGGACGUGAAACCAGCUUGACUGACAGGGAUCUCAUAAUUUCUCGCAGCCUUUCCGCCACCAGACAGGCCUCAAGGAUUCCCCCGGUGGUCUUCCAGGGCACCGGUAACUUAACACUCUGUCGGGCCUUUCAGAAGACCCUGCUGAAGAAGGAUAUGCCCUGCCCAAAAGCGCCCUGCUCUAUGAAUGGUGUUCACCAGCCACCUAUCGAUUUCAAUAAGGUCAAGUUCUAUGCCAUGUCAGAGUACUGGUACACUUCUGCAGACCUCGAUAAUCGCGUGAAUACCUAUGACUUCUCCAGUUUUGAGAAACACGCCAAGGUUAGAUUCGCUAAAUGUAUUUUUUGA